AUUUGCGUAUCCCUCUAGGUACUACUACUACUACUACUGCUACUUCACAGAGUUGAGUACUGAGUUUGUGAGAGGGAAUGUCAAGCGGAGAAAGAUUGCUUAGUGAAGCGGACGGGAACGGCGGCAUAAUGGCUCAACAGAAGAACCUGGAGGGCUACGUGGGCUUCGCAAAUCUUCCCAACCAAGUUUACAGAAAAUCUGUGAAACGGGGUUUUGAGUUCACACUCAUGGUUGUGGGGGAAUCCGGGCUGGGGAAGUCAACUCUCAUCAACUCACUCUUUCUGACAGACUUGUACUCCCCUGAAUACCCGGGUCCUUCACACAGAAUUAAGAAAACUGUACAGGUGGAACAGUCUAAGGUUCUGGUAAAAGAAGGAGGAGUUCAUCUUCUGCUCACCAUCGUUGACACCCCUGGCUUUGGCGACGCCGUUGACAACAGUAACUGCUGGCAGCCGGUCAUCGACUAUAUCGACAGUAAAUUUGAGGAUUACCUCAAUGCAGAGUCCCGGGUCAACAGACGGCAGAUGCCAGACAACAGGGUGCAAUGCUGCCUGUAUUUUAUUGCCCCAUCCGGACACGGACUCAAGCCCCUUGAUAUUGAAUUCAUGAAACGGUUACAUGAAAAAGUAAACAUCAUUCCCCUCAUUGCCAAAGCCGAUACAAUGACUCCUGAGGAGUGUCAGCAGUUCAAGAAACAGAUCAUGAGAGAAAUCCAGGAGCACAAAAUCAAAAUCUAUGAGUUCCCAGACACAGAUGAUGAGGAGGAGAUGAAGAUGGUCAGGAAAAUCAAGGAUCGUUUACCCUUGGCUGUAGUUGGUAGUAACACCAUUAUCGAGGUCAAUGGAAAGCGAGUGCGCGGGCGGCAGUAUCCCUGGGGCGUGGCUGAAGUGGAAAACGGGGAACACUGUGAUUUUACAAUCCUCCGGAACAUGCUUAUCAGGACUCACAUGCAGGACCUGAAGGAUGUGACAAACAACGUUCAUUAUGAAAACUACCGUAGCAGGAAACUUGCUGCCGUCACCUACAAUGGCGUUGACAACAAUAAGAACAAGGGGCAACUAACCAAGAGUCCUCUUGCUCAAAUGGAGGAAGAGCGACGGGAGCACGUGGCCAAGAUGAAAAAAAUGGAGCAAGAAAUGGAACAAGUGUUUGAAAUGAAGGUCAAAGAGAAGCUUCAAAAGCUUAAGGACUCUGAGGUUGAGCUCCAGAGACGUCAUGAGCAAAUGAAAAAGAACCUUGAGGCCCAGCACAAAGAACUGGAAGAGAAACGCCGUCAACACGAGGAGGAGAAGGCCAGCUGGGAGGCCCAGCAGAGGAUUAUGGAACAGCAGAAAUUAGACGCCUCCAGGACCUUGGAAAAGAACAAAAAGAAGAAGAUAUUUUAAUAACUCUGGAGGACCCUCCCAAUCCUAACAACAUGUUACUUUUUGCCAGCCCGCCAGACUUGAUUGUCGAAGCAUCUGUCAAUCAACUCCAUCAGCUGUCUGACCAUAUUACUGUGGAAUACUCAAGUGAAAGCCAGAGGGCAGUGUUGUCUGGACUCUCAAUUUAACCCACCCCUCCUCAAACGAUGUCAUGGCCCCUCCACUCCUCUUCUCACAUCUUAUGUCCUUAUUGAUUCUUUACAUGGAAACAGUGACAGUAUGUACAGCCGUUUCUUUUUGCAGAUCAAACAACUUCCGUUCUUCCUUUGUGAUAGACGAGGAUGAAAUCCAGAGUUCAGUCGUUGUUUCCUCUACUCUUCUGUUCGUUUGGGAAUGUUGGCUGCUGCACUGAUCUGUGCUGCAUCCUUUUAAUGCCAAAAAAAAUAACUAAAGAGGUUGGCCUCGACAUAGAGGCUGAAGCUCGCCUCAGGCACUGUUUUUAUAUAUAUAUAUAUAUAUCUUUCGGUUCAUCUAUUUAGCUAUCACAUGUUAAUCCCUCCCUCCCAGAGUGUUAUGCUCCUCCAUCUCCUGUAAUGUAAAUUGUAUAACCACAAACUGCAGUGUUUAACUUGAAACAUGUGUAACAUUUUCAUACUUUUUGUUUAUUACUUUUUUUCCUUUUUAUGCCCUGGUAUAGAAAUUAUUUUAAAAUUUGCUUUGAGUAUCAUAGUGUUUUCUAACCCUGCCUUUGGAAACUUACCACGUUUUCCUGACUUCACUCACGCUGAGUGUAAAAAUGUAAAGAAAACUGCCCAUCAAAUGCUUAUGUAUGAACCAGCACACAUUGAUUUUCUAAUUCUCCAUAUAAAUAUUUUUCCACAGAAAAAAAUAAAUCUUUCCAAGGGCAGGAUAUGGAAAGCCUGCGUUAGAUGUUGAUGGAUAUGAAAAGUCACUCAAACAGCUCUACUGGGACAGACUCAGUCACUCAACGUAACUGGCAUUCUUUACGUCACAUUUAGCACUGUUUGUGUACUGCAUCUGCAUUUUGUAAUGUCUUGUUUUUACUGUACAAAGUCACAUAAUAAAAUUGUGAUGGGAAAAAAUU